AUGGCAGCAGGUAUCAGUGCUAAACAUGCUAAACAUGGACUAUUAAGCAGUAAAACGUCGCUGUAUCACGCUCUUCACAGACAGGUUUCACCCAGCAGUGUUAGUAUCCAGAGAGCGGCUGAUAUUCAGAGUGUGAGAGCGGCGACCAGCGCGACAGGAGACUCACAACUCAAUGAGAAGUACUGUCUGGAUCUGGUCAGGUCCAGAGACUAUGACGGCUUUGUGUCCUCCCUCCUCCUCCCAGAGGAGGCGCGACGCUCCUCUUUGGCUCUGAGAGCCUUUAAUGUGGAGCUGGCACAGGUGAAGGACUCCGUUUCCCAGAAGACCAUUGGUUUGAUGCGAAUGCAGUUCUGGAAGACGGCCAUAGAGGAAAUCUACAGAGACGACCCGCCUAACCAGCCAAUCAGCGCCGAACUGUGGAGGGUGGUGAGGAAACAUUACCUGACAAAGAGAUGGCUGCUGAGGAUCAUAACAGAGAGAGAAAAGGAUCUGGAUGAUCGAGCCUAUAGAAACCUGCAGGAGCUGGAGAAGUAUUCAGAGAACACACAGUCCUCCUUACUGUACCUGCUGCUGGAGUGUUUAGGGUUGAAAAACGUCCAUGCCGACCACGCAGCGAGUCACAUCGGUAAAGCUCAGGGAAUCGUGACGUGUUUGAGAGCGACUCCUUAUCACAGCAGCAGACGGAAAGUCUACCUACCCAUGGACAUCUGCAUGCUGCAUGGAGCGUCUCAAGAGGACUUCAUUCGCGGAAGCCGGGAGCAGAACGUCCGGGAUGUCACGUACGACAUCGCCAGUCAGGCUCACGUACAUCUACAACACGCACGAUCAUUUAGCAGCAACGUCCCAGCGGCCGCCAAUCUGGCCUUCCUGCAGACGGUGGUGUUGGAGGACUACCUGCAGCGAGUGAGGAGGGCAAAUUUUGAUGUUUUCCAUCCGAGUCUGAAGAACAGAAACCCCCUCCUCCCCAUCCAGCUGUACCUACGCUCCUGGAAGAAGACCUACUGACAUCAGUCCUUCAUCUCUUCCUCCUCCUCUUCUUCCUCCUCCUCCUGCAGCUGAUCUGCCUCCUCUGAAGGCUGCAGGACUGAGACUUCACCUCUCUGGGGGGGGGGGGAUUCUGCCUUGAAACAGGUCCACAAAGAAAUCCAGACUUGUUUUGAACCACACCAGUGAAAUCUGCCUCUGUAAUAACAACCACAAACCACAGCAGAGACACCGACCGUCGUUUCUCAACCUCCAGCCUUGGUCCUUAUAGAGUUCCCUAGAGACGAGUGUUGCCUCAACAAUUCAAGUAUUGAAUUAUAUUUAUAUUUCAUUCCUGAAUGUAUGAGUGUAAUUUGACCAGAGGCCUGCACUACAAAGCGAGUUCAACAUACCCAGGGUAUCUUCUCGUUAUCUGGCUUAACUAACCCCAACAACCGCGAUACUUUCAUAUCUUAUAAUCACCCACAGCAUACAUAAAAGUACCGGUAGCAAAGUAACUCAAGGCCGUUCAUACAGUCUGCUGGACUGUAAACGCACCAUUCUGAUGUAUUUCUAAUUUAUUUUUUAUUUGCUCCCCAGUUUCACACCGUCGGGGUUGCAGCUGAAACAAUAAAGCUAAAAUACUGUCAUACACGCUAUAAGAAUACACCAAUGCAGCACAUUAAUUUAAUGGAAUACACACAUGUAAUUCUAGUCAGAUCUAUCGUGUUCUUAAAAUAUUUAAUCGCAAAUAAAAAUGCAUAAUUUCAAUGACCAGAUACGUUUGAACAUCACCACGCCAAUUACAACACAUCAAAGACAAUCAUGUUUUGCCACGGUUAGCUAGGUAACGUUCACUCGGAUGCAAUGACACAAAAUGGAACGGAUUGGGAAGAAGCCCGCAAAGAGACGAAACUCCGGUGCUUUUUUGACAACAGCCGCUAUAUGCCGCCAUUUUGGACUGAAAACGCCAAUGAGUCUGUGGCCGAAUCCAGAGUUAUUUUCCUCGUCAUAAUGAACGUGCAUCAGACCCACGGGACUGCACCGCCCUGCGCGCUCAUAUAUGAUAUAUCGGGUUCUGCCAACUUCCUGCUGGCUGUAUGCGGCUGUAAUAAUGGAUCUAUUUGCUGUAAUUCCUCACUUUUAUUUGCACCGAUCACACACUGAGACACUGCAAUAACCUGAAAUGAAACACAGCUACACGUCAUGUCUGUUGUUUACAGAAGGAUAAAAUAAUGUCUUUAAAUAAAAUACGACUUUGUUUGUGCGA